UUCGACAACAGCGCUACGGAGACUACUACUCCGGCUCUGACGAUGCGCGCGCGCUUUCGCUCCACUCGCGCUCGAGCCUUUGGAGGAGAAAGUCUACUAUUGUAAUCGCGAAUCCGCGAGUGAUACUCGUGUAUAGUCAAGGAUCAGGAGAAAAGCACAGGAAGCUUUCAAGGAUGAUGGUCCUCAAAGCUCUGCCGGGACUUAAGGCCCUUCGAGGCCCUUUGUCCCGGAGUCUGGCGACCCAGGCGCUGGCCGACGAGCCCUCGGCGCCGCAGGUCACCUGCGAGGUGCCCGGCCCCAAGAGCAAGGAACUCUUCCGCGAGCUCAACGACAUGCAGCAAGCCGGCUCGGUCCAGCUUUUUGCCGAUUACGAAAAAUCGGCCGGCAAUUACCUCGCCGAUGUCGAUGGUAAUAUGCUCUUGGAUGUCUACAUGCAGAUAUCAUCGAUGCCCUUGGGCUAUAACCAUCCGGCUAUGCUGAAGGCGCUUACCGAUCCACAUAAUCAGAAAAUGAUCGCGAAUCGACCGGCACUCGGAGUGUUCCCCAACCGUGACUGGCCGGAGAAGUUGAAGAAAGUCCUGCUCCGAAAGGGAGUAGCACCGCCUGGAUUUUCGUGCAUAACGACGAUGAUGUGCGGCUCGUGCUCGAACGAGAACUCGUUCAAAAACAUCUUCAUAUGGUACGCGGAUAAGCACAGGCACGGCGAACCCUUUACCAAAGAAGAGAUGGAGAGCUGCAUGAUCAACAAGGUUCCCGGCUCACCGCGUUACUCGAUCAUGUCGUUCGAUGGUGCUUUCCAUGGGAGAACGCUCGGUUCGUUGUCGACGACGCACAGUAAAUAUAUUCACAAAAUCGACGUACCGGCUUUCGACUGGCCGAUCGCGCCGUUCCCGCGUUACAAGUACCCGCUCGAAGCUAAUGAGCGCGAAAACAAGGAAGAGGACGAACGCUGUUUGGCUAGGGUUGACGAGCUGUUCGAAAUAUACGCGAAGGAGAAAAAGGUUCCUGUGGCAGGAGUGAUAGUCGAGCCUAUUCAAGCCGAAGGUGGCGACAACCAUGGCUCGCCCUAUUUCUUCCAAAAGCUUCAGCAAAUAACUAGAAAACACGGAGGCGCCUUGUUGAUCGACGAAGUACAAACCGGUGGUGGCCCAACCGGCAAAAUGUGGUGUCACGAGCACUUUAAUCUCGAUUCUCCGCCCCACAUCGUCACUUUCAGUAAGAAAAUGCAAAUGGGAGGCUACUAUCAUCUCGAAGAAAUGAAACCAAAGCAGUCGUACCGCGUGUUCAACACGUGGAUGGGCGAUCCCAGCAAACUGAUACUUUUGGAAGCUAUCGUCGACGUCAUAGAAAAGGAGAAUCUGCUGGACAGAGUGACCAGAGUCGGGAACUACACGUUAGACCAUUUGAAAAAAUUAGAAAACGAGUUCCCGAACUCUAUCAAUUCGUCACGCGGUAGAGGAACCUUCAUCGCUUUCGACUGUGCCACUGCCCAACUCAGGGAUGCGACGAUCAAGAAGUUGCUGCAGAAUGGCAUUCAAGCGGGAGGCUGCGGUGAAAAGGCUGUUCGUUUGAGACCGGCUCUCACGUUCACCGAGCACCACGCCAACAUUUUCCUCGACAACCUGCGCUCCGUUCUCAAGGGAUAAACGCCAAGCAAACACGAGUAACCUCAAGAAUCAAGAGUCUUCCAUAAACAUAUACGAGCAUCCGAAGCAAUUAUGACAAUAGUCGUUUACAGUCAGGGGCUGAAUGUUUGCAGGAUUUUAUUUUUGUACAGCAGGAUAUUAACGAGUUCGAUAGGCAAUUUAUCGUAUUACUCGAUUUUACAUACACGCAUAAGUCAAAAGUAUUUUCCAACUUAGUUUUAGAGUAAAUUUUGUUGUACCUAUCUCUUUUUUAUUGUAUAUCAAACGUUACGAUGUAUAUUUUGAUGUUUUAAACAUUGUAUUACGCGAAUCUUUGUGCGGUUCAGUCGCACCGUAAAUUUGUACAUUAUUAUUUUCGUUGCGCGCCUUUGGUAUAUCAAAUAUAAGAGAAUUAAUGCUGUUUAUAUUUUUACUGGACUACCAGUUUGUAUUUCUAUAAAGAUAUAAUUUACAAUUUUCACUAUCUCAGCAUUGUCGAUUUUUUAUACGUAUAAAAACUGCUCACAGCAAACGAAUGCUUUUAUAAUUCUUAUUAUUUCUUUCUUUCUUUCUUUCUUUCUUCUUCUUCACGACGCACAAACAAUUCGAACGAUUUAUUAUCGAUGUACUUAUAUAAUACUGGUCCUUUAAGGAAGCCUUCAUUGUUUUACAAAUUCAUAUUAUACACAUAUCAGACUUAAAAGUUCCCUCUUACUUGGACAUUUUCUUGAGCAUUUCAGCAAAGUGUUGAAAUUGUGGCAAAUGGCUCUUGCGCACCAUGUACUCCAACGUCGUCAGCUAAAAACAUUAAGCCUUGCAUUGAGUAUUCGUUUAUUACUUAUUAACAGGCAAUAAAAAGUAUAAAUUAUGCCUUACUCUCAGUUUGCUAUUAACGGUAUCGUGUUUUUGAGACAAAUUCCAUAAAUUUACAGCAACAUGCGAUAAUGACGAGUCCGUCAAAUCUGCCCGUAAGAUCAUGCGCUCGAAGAGAGCUAGGGCGAGAGCAGACUGUUUCUUCAAUUGAUCAGCUUCACCCAAGUUCUUCAAGUGAUUCAAUAGUUCUUCCAUAACUUUAGAACAUAUCUUGUUGACUUCGAUGAUGAAUUUUUGAUCAGAGCCGUACAGUUUGUCGUUAGAGUCGACCUGGUUUUGGGUUCGACGAUUAAUGGUAAGAAAACAAUGCGUAUUUAAAACAAAAAGUUAAAUGUGUACCUUGUCAACGUGAUAUGGAUAAGUUUCUUGAGUAACUGUAGACAAAAGAUCUAAUACCCUUAGAUACAAAUGUGAUUUGGUCGCAGUGUCCUCGACAAAGUAACGUUGAACCACGUUAAGAAGGCCUCUCAUUAAAUACAAAACCCCGUGCUCUGGACUGUCCUAUUGCGUAAAAAGUGUAUCUGAGUGUCUAUUAAAUGGCUAAAACUUGCGUUUUACUGAAUAAUAUCAAUGAAUCAUUCAUACCGGUACGACGAGCAAAGUAGAAAGGAAAUUCGAAAGAUAGGUGAGCAAAUAUGGUUCAGUGCUCUUACUUCGUCCAUCGAUGUCGAAAUUUUUCGGCAUCUCUGGCACUAAACUUAGAGCAGCCUUGAAACAUGAAUCGGCUAACGGAAAUAUUUAUCGAGAUUAAUAACGGACAAAUAAUUAUAAAAAGUUUAAACGAUAAUGAUAAUUCAUUGUUCGUGUGCUUUACCUUGACCAUAACACUGAUUUAGAAGUGCUACUUGUCCUGACAAUAAAUACAAUUGAAGCCUGGUAUGAACUAACGUUAAUGAUGGAAUAGUAAUGAAACAAAAUGCAGCGCAAGCUCUUACAAAAGCCGACGUUCUUCUAGUAUGGUGGCCGCGAACAAUUUUUCUAGUAUCAACAGAUAAUCUAUUUACACACUGGAAGAAAUAAUAAUUGAACGAUUAAUUCAUUUCAGAUGAAAAAAAUAAUUUUAAAAAAACUUCUAACGCUAUACCUGUACAAGCUGCAUAUGCACACUAUCAAGAUUGUGAAAGGCAGCCCGCGCUUCCACAUAAAAAUUCAAUUGCUUCUCAAAAUCUCGACCGUAAUCCACCCUCAGAAUGAGACCACAUAUCAACUGACCGAUCUGUCUUUUCUCAUCUUCAACUGUAAGCGCGCUGUAAUGUACGUCAGUAAUAUCUAAGAGUGUAUUAAUGUACAUACAUAUAGGACUGUGUUAAAAUUGAUGUUAUUACGAAAAUGUGUACCUGACCGAGUCGUGCAUUAUCCUCAUAAUAAACAUGAGAGCAUUUAUCAUUAUAGGAUCUACUAUUGGACUGCUUUGUUUACUUAGACCUUCUACGACUGUCUUGCAAACUUCCACUUUUAUGCUUUCCUUUUGAAACAGAUCUAUCAGUGGUAAAAAAUUAUCCUGGAAUUAUAAAGGGUCACUAUACUGAAUGUUAUUGUAUUAAUGAAUAUAGAUAUAAAAUACUCACCAUUGUUAGUAAAGAAUCAAAAUCCUGAGUAUUAGCAACAAUCUUUUCAGCAAUGUUCUGCAGCUGUGGAUAAAAGUGUUCGAAUGCUCUGCUUGGUCCCAAUUGAUUUAUAAUUUCACCCAAAAACAAAUUUAUUUCACUAGC